AUGUCUUCACCUUCAACAGACUCUUACUCUGUGCAGGAAAAGGUAGCUACUAAAAUACAAAUUACCCUUUUUGAAUCGCCUGGCAUAUGUAUUAAUAUAGAAAGAUUAACAUCGAAUGUUCUCGGUAGGUUUGCAGAAGGUUUUCUAUAUAUAAUGAGAAUUCGAUCAACUUUACUUAGGACGAGGCUGGGUCCAUUUUAGCAGGAGUUAUGCGGAAGUCUUGCCAGAACUUCUAAGCGUGAUUAAAAUAGUGAAUUUCGUAUUAAAUAGAAAACAAAAUUUAUUUUGGGGAUUGCUUCGUGCCCGCUAUUUGAACAAAGCUUUACAGAUGUUUCCCUUUGUGUACUUAGAUUCUUCUAGAGCCUUACAGUUACGUUCUAAAAGUUCCAGGAAAACAAGUCAGGGAGAAGCUUAUUCAGGUGAGAAUCUAGAGCGUUCUCUCAGAGUGUGAUUUUUUUCAGUGGAAUUUCCUGGUAGGUACCGAUUUUUUCUUCGGAGUAAAAUUGAUUAAUGGAUAUGUUGUGAUUUGGAAUCAGUUGGCUGUGCAGGACUAUUUGGACUUCUUAAUCCUCUGUGUGCUGUUUGAUCAAAAAGGCCAAUGACCAGAGUCCACUUCUGCUGCUUAUCUCAUUGCUUUUUCUUUAACCCUUUACACCCGAAGAUCAGUAUGCAUAUUCUCCUUGCUACUCCCUAUACAUUUCCAAGGGUGCUGAAAAAGAGAAUUUGUCUAACAUUCAAGAGAACCUUUAGUUGGUGAUCAUUUUCUUAAUAUUCUCAUGACCUGAAUGUGUGAUUGAGGGGUGAUAAUUAUUGUGAAGGGAAAUUACAUGCUUGUCACUCUUAGGGGUGAAAGGGUCAACUGAAGUGAAACUCUGACCAGCUUGCUCCCCAUACUUGCAGCUUUUUAUAAUUACUAUAUGAGGCCUUUCCAGGUCUCUUCCACUCUUCAUCUGUUUUGUGACUUAAGUAAUAGCAGAUGGCUCCAUCCUGUCAAGGAAGUGGUUCAGGUGACAUGUUCUUUUCUUCUUCACUUCAAAGCUGAUGUCAGUAUGGCUUGAGCUAUUUUGUAUUUCAUUGUGGAGAAUAUUCUUUUGAAUCUUUACUGACUGUUCUCCUCAUUCUGCACAGUAAAUCUCUUUCUGAAAGUUAGAGGCCCUGGAGUUUAUGUUAUUUGAAACCUAGAAAGGAAUUUUCUAACUGUAUAGUCAUCUCAAAAUUAUCACUCUUUUUUUGUUAUUCAACAGGCUUUUAAUUUUUGGUUAAAGAUCCCAGGAGAUAAACUUAGUGUGAUAGCAGAGGUGGUAAAGAUGUUACACAAUUCUAGUUUAUUGUAAGUGUUAAGGAUUAUAAAAAUGUAUUUCCCAAUUCAUAAUGCACAUUUAGAAGUGUAAUUUGAUAGACAACAAAUUGCUGGUAAAUGAAUUGAAACAUACAGUUAAGAAUUGGUUCACUUGACUGAAAAAAGACUGGUUAAAUACUGUUUAAAUUUGGCUUUGCAUGGAGAAUUAAAGAAAGAUGAAUCAUUCUCCUCUCAUACAAAAUGAAAUUUCAACUAUUUUUCUUAUUGGUGUUUUUUUAUUCCUUUUAAUUAAUUUCAUAAUUUUACAAAUUUAUUCCCAAGCUUAAGUUGCCCUUUCUAGGAAUGUUUUUCUAUUUAAAGGCUAAGGCAGAUGUUAAAAGCAAAGCUGAUAAGCUGAUUACUUGAUGUACAAAUGAGUUCAGGGAAUAUUCAAAUUUUGCUACAUACAUUCUUUGGAGGGUUAAAAUAAAUUAUACAGAACAGUAAGCAGGCACCCCCAUUGAAUGAUUUACAGCUGAUACUCAAGCAUGGGAUGGCUUUCUGAUAUAGGAAUAAACUUAAUUAGGUUGAGUAUACCAUGCUCAUCACUAACAUAGCUGAACAAGAGUAAUCAUUAUUAGACUGAAGAAUAGCUGGGGCCACUUCUAGAAAUUAAUCAUUUGUGUAUAGUUUGAAUGCCAGUCCAUUUUAAGCUGCACAUCUCAUGGUCUAUUGUGAUUCAUUCCAUCAGAUGGCAUGUCCAUUUGAACACUUUUCUAAAGUCACUUCAUAAUUGCUUAAAAUUAUUUUGAAUAUCAUUAUGUUUCCAAUCAAUAUCCUAUGUUCAGUUUUCGAAUAACCACAGAUAAUUUGCCAAAUAAUCCAAUGCCCUGGAGUAAUUCUCAGGACCAAAGUACCUUUGUAACACUAGCAUGAUUGUAAUGUUCUUUUUCACAGAAUUGAUGAUAUAGAAGAUAACUCAAAGUUACGAAGAGGAAUUCCAGGUAUUGUCUCCUCACUAUCAAUGCAUUUACUGAUAGUAGUGUAACUGGCUGUUGAUCCAAAGAGUGUUAAAUGCACACAGCAGAAUGUUGCACUAGGAUCUUCCUUGCUUGUACCCCCCCUAAGGGGCUUCUUUGAAAUGCAGGUCUGAUGGAUAUACAUGCAUAAACCAUCUUCACAUUUUUCUUUUCAUUGAUAAUUUAUUAGUUGCUCACCAGAUUUAUGGAGUGGCUCACACAAUCAACAGUGCUAACUACAUUUACUUCAAAGCUUUGGAGAAGGUGCUGUCCUUGAACCAUCCAGAUUGUAUAAACAUAUUUACAGGUACUCACAGAUAAAUUCUCUAUAGUUCUUAUAGUGCAAAACCAGGGGAUUAUAUUUAGCUUGUGGAAUUGAUAUACGUGGUAGCCUCAGUAUUGUCAGUACCACUAUUUCUGUGAAUUAUUGUCAGCUCCAGUUUCAGCCCACUAACUCCCACAUGUAGAAGUGAUUAAGGUGUGAGUUCUCUUCACAAUUGUGAUACAUCACCAGGCUGAGAAACAGACUAUGAGAUUGAAGAAGUCUAGGAAGUUUUGCUUGUCAGAAUUUGAGUUAAUGGACUAAUUUUCAGAGGAAUGAACAACAUGUAUAAAUAUUUAUUCCCUAUCUGGCAUUUUUUGUAGUUUUUUUUUGUAUUUGAAGUGUGCUCAUAGAUCUCUACAAUUUCUUAAUUCAGAGGAACUGUUAGAGCUUCACAGAGGCCAGGGAAUGGAUAUAUAUUGGAGAGACAGUUACACCUGCCCAUCUGAGGAUGAGUAUCAUGAAAUGGUUAAGAAAAGUAAGCUUCAAUUCAAACUUAAACUUGUCUCCUACUUUUAUGUAGCCCUACUAAGACCUAUUUUCUCUCUUUGAGCUUGUGUUUGUGUACAUUGGAGCUACAGUCAUAUAAAUUAUAUCUGACUGUGAAUAUAAGAGAAUAACAAAUGUGAAAUGCAGAUUAAUAAAUGAAUACAAAAGAGAUCUUCACAGUAACAAACAUUACUUAAGUAGUACUGGAUUUGAACCCAAUGACCUUGUUUGCUCAGUUGGUAGAGCACUGCACCAGUAUUACAGACAUCAUGGGUUCAAAUCUAGUACAGGCCUGAAUUUUAUUUCAGGCCUUAUUACAUAAGUAGUGUUUAUUUCUGCAUAUAUUGCUUUGGUAUACACAUAAAUUAUAUGCAGCUUCUGGAAAGAUUUCUUUUUCCAAGGAGAUGUUCACUUUCAACCAAGUCAUAAUCUUAUUUUGACCUGUGGAACUUCCAUGAGGCCAAUAACAAAUAUUAUUGAUCCUCCAAAUUUACCCUCUGAUACUCCUUACAUUUGACUUGAUACAUACUUUAGCUCCUGGUUGCAGUCACUUUCCUUAGCAUAUUCACUGGAGGCAUGAAAUGUUAAGAAUUUCUUUAAUCGAAAUUGCUGUUGCUGUUGAAAAUGUCUACUACAUAUUUUGUUGAAUGGCUUUGUUGUGGAUUUUAGAGACUGGAGGCCUUUUUAGAUUGGCUGUGAGGCUGAUGCAAUCUUUCAGUGAAAAUAGAAGGUGAUAUUUAAUUCUUAGACAUAACCUUUCAAUAAAAUACUGGGAGCUCUCUUGAAACAUUAUUUGGAGUACAGUACAGAGGAGAUAAGAAAGCAGUGUGUGUAAAAUUUCCCAUGUCAGCUAGAGAAUAUAAAAUCAUGACAUUUAUUGAUUGCAAUUGCUUCCUUAUUCAAUUCAGGCAGCCAAUGCUGUCUGUUUCAAAUUUUUGGUGGAAAACAAUUUAAUUUAUUUAAGAGUUCUAAAGUUCACUUUUUUCUAGUUUUUUGUUUUGAAAUGUUUGGUUCCUUUUAGUUUGUUUGAUGGUUUGUUACAGGAUGUUGUCCAACUAUUUUCCAAACAUGGUAACAAACACAUUGUAGACAGCUGAUUGUUACCUUUUUAUAUUACAAAUCCACAUAAUUUCAAAUAAAUCUUCACUCACUCUUCUCUUUACUCGUCUUAACCACAUUUAUUCAAGUAUUUUCUUGUAUAAUUUCAGUAACUUCGUUCCAUUACUGGAUACACUCGCCUUGUUUUUCCAAAUCAGAGAUGACUAUGCCAACUUACUCUCGGAAGAGGUAGGAAGUGAAUUGAUUAAUCGUAAAUAAUCUUUUGGUUACAUUUCUUUGCGUAUUUAAAAUAUGUAAGUGAAUGAAAUUUAACCCGUUUUUCACUUUUGCUCUUUUCACAACAGUACAAGGAAAACAAAAGUUUUUGUGAAGACCUAACGGAAGGAAAGUUUUCAUUUCCGAUCAUUCAUGCCAUCCGCAGUGACUCUGAAAGCACCAGAAUUUUGAGUAUCCUUUUUGAGAGUUCAAGUUGUCCUCCAGUAGCCCCUCCUAAGUUCAUUAAAGUUCUCUGGGUCGGGUCUCUGGGGAGGUGAGUAUGAUUUUAAGAGCAGAGUGGAAGGGUUGGGGGGAGGGGGGGAAGAGGGGGCUUCAUGCAAAGGAAGAGGGUGAUUUUCUGGAAUGCCUUGCACAUUGUGGUCGUGUAUUGCGCCCGAGUCAGAAAAAUCCUCACAUAGACGACGCAUCAUCGACUACGGCGUUCUGCUACGUGGGAAGUCACAAACGAAGCGAAGUAAGAGAAGAUUUAGGGAUUAGUAAUAAGGUUUUGCUGUGUUAUCUUUGUUACUAAUUGGUCACGGCUAAGUAGCCUUGAGAAUAUGAGUUAUUUUGUUUGUUUGUUUUUCUUGUUUUUGUUUGAUAAUCCGUUUGUUCGUUUUUCGGGCUAGAGGAGGCAUGCGCGAGGCGAGCGCCAUGUGCGAGUCAGGUGCGAGAGGAGGAGCAUUUUAUCGACCACAUGCAUUGGCACAUGACUCACUUUUUGCGCUUGCCUUGCGUUUCCCUUUGCUUGCCUUGAAAACAAAAAAACAUUGAGCCCGAGACUGCAGACUGUGGCUUGCCGGCGACAAUAGCGCUGUUUUCCUUGAGACCAAGGCCGAUUAUAUACGACCCUUUUUUUAAACUACAGUAGCCUAAUUAAUGAUUAACAGAUCUCAUCAAAAUUGUUAAAAUUCAAAACCUUAAUUCUCCAUCGCUUAGAUAUUUUGAGACAAAGGACAACUGACGUAGACAUUAAGAAGUAUUUUGUAGAUUGUUUAGAACAGGUGAGUGAGACAUGCUUUGACCAAACUCGUGGUCAGUACUGACAUUGAGCACGUACUGUGUUAUCAAUGUAAUAACGUGUUUGUUUGCUUGCUUAUUUUCUGGCAGAUUGGCUCAUUUGCGUACACUAAAGUAAUACUCAAGCAAAUGGAGGACAAGUAAGUAGAAGCCCGUGAUAAUUCGGUCAAUGUCGAAAAUGCUCAAACGUGUGAUACAAUUACAGAAAGGUCUGAGGUUCGAUUCCUCAUGGGGACCCAGAAGUUUUUCUUUGUCCCACGCUCGUAACAAGACGAUAAAACAUUUUUCUCUAUUUCUUUACCGAGCCCAAAAACUUACCAUCUCUCUUAUUCUAUUUACAAACAUGACGUUAUCAACAUUGCUGAUCCUAGCAGUAUGCAGAACUUUGCAAUAGACCUCGCUCACCAUAGAGUGUCUGUGGUUCAGUGGUAGAACAUCGUAGCGCAGAACCCCAGGGUCCGAGGUUCGAUUCCCCGUGGGGACUCAGAAGUUCUUCUUUGUCACACGCUCGUGACGAGACGAGAAAACAUCUUUCUUUAUUUCUUUACCGAGCUUAAAAACUUACCAUUUCUCUUAAUCUAUUUACAAACUACUGAAGGUGUCGCUAUUUUAAAAAAAUCUGUACUUGACUGAGCCAGGUAGCACCUUUGGAGCAAUGUUUUUUUAAAUUGUCCCAAUGUAAUUUGUAUCGGGUAGUUAUGCGACGACUUGCAUUUGAUACAAGGUUUCUUUGCUUUUCUUGGUUUUUUUUUAUGUUUUUUUUUGUUUCGUUUUGUUUAUUUUUUUCUGCCAACGAAUGUAUGAAAUAAGUAAAUAUGUCUUACCAAUUUAUCGUGACGUAUGAAAAUCGUUUUAAUUCGUUUGACUUUUCAGAUCUCAAGCACUGAUCGCAGAUUUGGGCGGAAAUCCUCAACUUUCAGCUAUAGUUAAACAAUUGGCAAAACUUUAUUCCUAG